AUGGGGGACUAUGCAGCACUUGAACUGGACACGCGUCUGCGAAGACUGUAUCCAACACGGCUGCCCAUCAUGACACGCUGCCCAGCAGGAGAAGUGAUUGUUCGUGUUGCCUAUGCUGGCAUCUGCCACACUGAUCUUGCCAUUCUGCAGGGUGAUUUUCAAAUAGACUGUGAUCGGCUUGUUCUUGGACAUGAAAUAAGUGGAAUUGUCUCAGGUGUUGGCAAAGAAGUUAAUUGGUUGAGAAUUGGUGACAAGGUCGCUGUGAAUCCAAACAGGUUACCCAAUAAGUAUUCAGCAGGUACUGAUGAAAUACCAGAUAUUAUGAUCAAAGCAAGUGUAACAUCUAUUGUAGAACCAUUAACAGAUAUUUUCAAUUCAUCAUUCGUGAGUGGUAUAUUCCCGAAAAAUCUUAAAAUGGCAAAAGUGACACCACAGUACAAGAAAGGGGACAAACAUGAAGCUGAAAACUAUAGACCUGUAUCAGUAUUGUCAGGCUUUGGUGUGCUAUGUGAGAGUCUCUCAUGCGUGGCUCAUGCAUGGGAACAUGUGACACCACUUCCACACAGUGCACGUGUUGCUGUGCUUGGCACUGACCUGGUGGGCUGUCUUACUGCCAGCCUGCUGCACGUACAGGGCUACCGCCAUGUCACAUUGUGUGAAAAUGCUGAGGCUGCCCGCCAGAGAGCCCACAGUCUCGGCCUUGGGUAUGACAUGAUAGAUCAUAAUGAACUCUGUAACAAGACUUUUGAUUUGGCAAUUGACUGUACAGGAGAUGCCAUGAUCCAGCAAGAAGCAGCCCAUGCAUUAGGUUUUGGAGGACACCUUCUCAUUUUCAGAUCAAACUCUGUGAAGGACAGACUAUGCCUGUCACCAUUUAAUAUUUUCACAAAUGAGAUAAAAGUCACUGGUUCCCUUAUCAAUCCUUAUGCCUUUGGGAAGGCUCUUACUUGGGCUUCAGUGUUGGGGCACAGGUAUCUUGAUUUCAACAAAUUGGGUGUUGUCUCAUACCCAUUAAAAGAGUACCAAGAAGCUCUUGAGACAGCAAAGAGUGAUGAUGCAGCAAAAGUAGUCUUUGAGUUUGAUGUUUCUGAUGUACCAACUCCAUAA